AGAAAAGUCUGCCGUGAACACAUAGGAGGCGUUUGAAUGACUUUUUUCUUAUAAUAAACUUGUCUUGGAUGUUGAUGUGGGUUUUUUUGUGUUGAAAUAAAGAGUGGCUAAAUGCUGCUGUGUUAUUUUGCGGCAUUCUUGCUUGUGACUAAAUCUUUGUAUUUUGCAACUUGUAAAGAGUUGGAAAUAAUCGGUAAAAACAGCAUGGUUUAUGAUCCUGUGACAAACCUGCCUUAUCCGUGCGAAAUCACAGCAUCGAAGAAAGAGUUUACAGCAAGGACAAAGAUAAAAGGCCUUAAAGGGUUUAUGCGAUCGAAACGAGCUGACGGGGAUAGCAUACCGAUCAAAUUACAGCCUUGUCCUUCUCCAAGUUCAACGCAGGAACAUCGUUGGCUUAAAACCAUGAAAAAAUCGGGGGUUUCAUUGCUCGCCACACUAAACAACCGCAGCAAACAAAGAAAACUCUCACGGAAGCGAAACGAUGUCAUUCAAAAAAUACACGAAAAGGAUGCAUUGAUGCGCGCGCAACUUCAUGCUGAAACUGACGUCAUUACAGGCCAUGGUGUUGGACUAUCCGGAGCGUCAUUAGGUGUACUAAACAUGCUACCUUAUGUCCAUGCUUUUGAUACAAAGACCGGUAUGCCUUACGUAUGUGAUCCUUACAAAAAGGCGCCCGAUGAUAAGUUUGAUAAUCGAUGGAAAAUGGUCGUACCGCCCUGCCCUGAUUUUAAGAAAUGCUUAUUUCCAUGGAACGAAGCGAAAGACUGCAAAACAUCCGUCGAUGAUAUUUCUCCCGAGUCUCACAAGCGUCGCUGGAUUAUGAAGAGGGUUGUUUGGCUACCUGUCAUGGCAUCGACAUAAAGACAAGGGUGCUUGAAAUAUCAGGUACAUGUACGUAUAUAGAUAAUCGUAGAAAUACCCCGAUCAUCCUUGCGAACCUUUUCAGUAGCAUUUUCCAUCAUCUUGCAUGGAUUAAGUAAUAUCUCGUGACUUGAGUUUGCAAAGUGUCCUUGGUAAUCGGAUUGUGUUUCAAAGCUCAACAAGCUUGCAACAUCGUGCCAAGGCUCUUUCCUUUACGCUCUACUUCUCUGCUUUAAUUAACGAAGUAAUAGCUUUAAGAAAAGGAGCCUGGGUUCGAGAUUGAAUCAGUCUAUUUGGUUACGACGUGCUUGUUGUCUGAAAUAACGCCUCGUUUAUGUCGAGUUGAACUAAAAUGAAAAUGAAAUGCGUAAAAUGUAACAAAUAGCUUUGAGAACAUGUAUAUCAUUGAUAAAUUUAAAAUAAACAGAUAAAUUAAAUUUACAUAUUUAUACUCUAACAAUGAAACAUUAUUGUGUACAUUAAAUAUUAUCAUAGAUAGAGUUUUAACACUAGUCAAACAUUAAACAUAGAUUGAUCA